AUGACGACAUUGACAUGGUCAGCGACAGCGUCGCCAGACCGUGCAAAGGAUGUGCUGAGCAUCGCUUCGUUCAUGACCAGUGCCAAUGUUGAGGUUAUGAAAGGUUUCCUCUUCGAUGAACCAGAAGAGUCUGGUCAAAUCUACAGUUUGGGCUUGAAAGGUUUGAGGGAAUGGCUACUCUAUGACUUCCCGAAUGAAGCUGUGGACGAUGUGGUUGACCCAAACACAAAGCCGGUCGUGAAGGAAACAAUCCUAUGCACGAGGACCUCAGUGGAUCAGGCAUUGUCUCUGUUGUCGGAAGCACAGCAUCUGCGCAGUGAGCUGUUCAUGUCUUUGGCAAAGGCUGCUUCGACGGCACAAUACAUGAUCGACGGCAUCAGAAAAAGCUACGGGACGACGGACCUGCUUGCCAACCGAAAGGUGGCACUGACGGAGAAGUGGCUGGAAGAUGAAAAAAAAAGGAUCCGACAUGAUGCUGACGAGAAGGAUAAUACAGCCCAGGUGGCGGUGCAUGCCGCUUCGGAGCACGUCCUUGCAAUGUUCCGAAAGGUGCCUGAGUCGGCAUGGGGUCCUAUGAUGUGUGAAAAGCUGGGCCAGUGGACCGAGCUUGAAGCUACGCAGAUUGAAGCUAUCAAGGUUGUGCAGGCCAGGGUGAAUGCAGGCUUGGCUCCGAAUCUAGAGGCGCCGCAGGAUUUGAAGCAACGUGUUCUGGGAUCUGCAACACCGCAGAAAGGCGAAUCUGCAAGAGCUGUUCAUGAACUGGAGGCCGGGUAUCAUGACCAUACGAGGGAUGCUGCAGCUGGGCAACCAGCUGAGAUGCAGCAGCUUGUGCUAUGCUCCCCGGAUCCCGCCCUCCCGAUUCCAGCCGCGCCCAAUGAUGUGCUUGGCCGUGGAAUCAGCUCGGAUCGGCAGCCAGAUGUCGAUGCCUUCGAUGAGGCGGCUUUCCAUGCCGAGCUGUGUGAAAUGAUGAAAUCUCCACUACCGACCAAUGCUCAGGUGGAAUCCAAGCCGGCAGAGACGGGUGGGAAGACUUCUGGUGAUGGCCUCAGCACCGGAGCAUCUGGCGAUCCCGAUAUCAAGACUUCUGGUGAUGGCAUCAGCAUCAAAGCAUCUCGCAGUCCCGGUAUCAAGACUUCUGGUGAUGGCUUCAGCAUCGCAGCAUCUCGCAAUCCCGGUAUCAAGACCCCUGGUGCAUCUCGCAAUCCCGAUAUCAAGACUUCUGGUGAUGGCAUCAGCAUCGCAGCAUCUGGCAAUCCCGGUAUCAAGACUUCUGGUGAUGGCGUCAGCAUCGCAGCAUCUCAGAAUCCCGGUAUGAAGUCUUCUGGUGACGGUAUCCCAGAUGUCAAGACUGGUGGAAGCAUCCCUACCCAGGUGCCCAAGUCCGCGAUCGGCUCUAUGGUGAGUGCCCUGAACCGCAGGGACACCGCUGAGCUCUUGCAGGACGGAAACAUGCAAAGCCAGCAGGAGGCAGAUGAGGCUACACUUGCGUUGGCUGAAGCAGAGGCUGAAAGAGAACGGCUGGCUAUCAAGGCUUCCAAGGUCCGAAUUGCCCACAAGCUGUUCUUGAUGCUGCUGCCAACCGCUAUCGCAGUGACUCGGCCUAUUCUUGACCGUGAUAUCUUGGAUGCUCUCUAUGAUGAGUGGGUCAAGUCUGGGGAAAAGUGGCUCGAAUCUACGAUCUACCUGGAGGCGAAGCGGAAGGAAACCACGCAAUACAAGGGACAGGAGCGCUACAUCUCCAAAAAGACUAUCCGGGAAAAGCACGGCAAGUUGCAAGCGGAAAACUUGGUCAAAGAGAAGAAAAUGCUGCAAGAGCAGCAUGGAAACAAGUACGAUAAUAUGCCCCAUUGGAUGGAGCAUCCAGAUUUCAGGGGAGUGGAGGAUGAAGAGCUUUUCUUGAUCUUCGACGACUUUGUGAUUGAGAACAAGGCAAAGGACACAAAGGCGACGACGUUUGGCACCGGGGCAAACCUGGAUGGGGCCAUGACUGGCCAGAUUAUGUCCCCUGAUCCUAUGUAUCGCACUGAUGUGUCUUUUCCGCCUGCCAUUAUGCAGUCGGGGGCACUCCGCACCGGCUUGACGGCCCCUCCAGUGGCGCUCAACCUGAGUGGGACAGUCAAUCAACCGUAUGGGCAGGGCUCGAGCAAUCCUGCUUCUAAAGGUGGGCAGAAAGGUGGUGGCAAAGGGCAUAGUCGAUCCAACCGAAGUCAUCAUGCGGCCUCGCCGAAGCGGGGUGUGUCAAAGGCUACACCUCUGACGCAGGCCACUGCCAAGUUACGCGAUGCUUCAUCUAAACUCAUAGAUGCAAAAUGCUGGACCUCUAUCAUCGAGGAGAAGACUGAGAUCUCCCAGGCUAUGAAAGAUGGCUAUGCGACAGAUAUGAAGAAGCACCGUGAGUUGAUGCAGGAUGCAAGCGAAAAGCUCCAGCAUGCUACCUUGACAGGACCGAAGGAUGGUGAUACGCUAAGUCCUUUGACUGAGAUCUUGGAUAAAGCAGUGGAGGGCUACAAUGCCUUCGUCAAGACAGUCAAAGUUGUCUUUGCUCUUUGGUAUUUUAUUGUAGACUGUUGA